CCUUAUCUCAAAAGGGAGUAGAGAGUGAGAGAGUGAUAUCAAAUGGCGUCUGUUGGAUUCUCCUCACUGUCGUCACCAGCCAGAUCACAAUACCUCAAUAUAGGGUUUCCUUCAAAACCUCAAUUCCUUCCUACUGCCACACUCAACUUCUCUCCCACCUUCAGAUGCAUAGGCUCUAGAAAAUUGCAAAUAAAUCGAAAGCUAUUAACUGUUUCUGCUACAAACCCCAACUCUGGAGGUGGAAAAUCAUCCAAUGAAGGAUCAGAUGUAAAGGAAACUGGGAAUGCUUCUCAGGGACCUCCUCUCCUUACAAUUUUGGCUGGACUCUUUGUGUUUUUCCUUGUUGGUUGGGUCAUUGGGUCCGUUGUAGUGUGGUUGAUAAGUUUGAUUGUUAAUGUGCCCUCUCCGAAAUAAACAUUUAUGUUUGCUGUAAUGUGUUGUUGUUUAUAUGUUAAACCCUUGUAUCAGUCCUUAUCAUUUUUCUUGGUUUGA